UGUUCAACAGAAACUCCUUUUUUUCUGGUUCGAAAAUCAUACAAACUCUGCCACGGUUUCUUAACGCCUCACCCCUUUCUCUCUCUAUCUCUAUAUCAAUCAAGAUUUUCUCACACAUUUCAGUUUCACUUUAUAUCAAUUCUGCUUCAAAAUUCAUAUCAAGAAAAAAGGUUUUCUGUUAUAAUGGCUCGAGAUUCUGAUAGAAUGGAUUUACAUGCUGGUGAUGUUUUAUUUGGUCAAGAGAAUGAUGUUUUUGGUUUUGAAUCUUCAACGUGGUCUAAUGUUAACCUUGGUGUUUCUUUUUCUGAAACUCUAAUUGGUGAUGUGGGAGGAGUCAAUGGUUCAACGGGGCUGUUUUCUGGGACUGAUGAGGUUGGGUUUCAAAUGAACUCUGGGUGUAAUGUUUCGAUUAAUGGUGGUGAAAAAGAGGGUUUUUAUCCAGAAAAAAUUAAUGGUUUGGCGGAUGGAGGAAUGGGAGGAAUGUUGGGUGUUGUUGAUGGAAGAUGUGAUGGGAAAGUAGGAAAACUUUCAAGUUGGUUGGUGCAGAAUGAAGUUGAGAGAACUGUGAUUCAAAGUACUGGUGGAGGUUGUGCAGAGUCAGGUAAAGAUUUGGUUUUUGGAUUGAACAAUGGUGUUCAGAUUGAACAAGAGCGCGAGGAUGUGGCGAAGGUUGCAGAAGGGUCUUUGGAAAUGGAAGAUUUGUUUUCAAGAAAGUCUUUUCUGUCAGAUGCACAAGUAAAUGAGAUUCAGAAUUAUAUGCAAUACAACUAUUGUGGUUUAGAUCUUGUUGUUGAUCUUAAUUCUUAUAAAAACACUCAGGAGGAUAAUGAUAAUGUGGCAAGAGAUUCGGUGUUUUCCGAUGUUAAUUAUCGUGUAUCUGAUUUAGUAUGGGGAAAGGUUAGGGGCCAUCCUUGGUGGCCUGGUCAGAUCUAUGAUCCCUCAAUUGCAUCAGAGAUGGCAAAGAGUUACUGGGAAGAGAAUUGUUACCUGAUAGCAUAUUUUGGGGGUCAGAAAUUUGCUUGGAAUGAAGUGUCAAUGAUAAAGCCAUUUCAUAAGCAUUUCUCCGAAAUGGCGAAACAGACUGGUUGUGAAAGUUUCCGCUUUGCUGUUGAUUGUGCUCUAGAGGAAGCCUCAAGACGGGUUGCAUUUGGCCUGUCUUGUUCUUGUAUGCCGGAAGAAGUGUCUUCUAACCUGAAGACGCAAGUAGUUGCUAAUGGUGAAAUCUGUAAACAAUCUUUUGAACCUGCAGAACUUGUCAGUUUUGUUCAAUCAUUAGCUCAGUCACCACUUAACGAAUUUGAUAGAUUGGAUUUGGUAAAUGCUCGUGGCCAAGUGUCGGCUUUCUAUCGCUCGAAAGGCUAUUCGCAACUGCCUGAGUUUGCAGUGCAUGAUCGGUUGUUUGUACCUGAUAUGGAAACUCUACCUGUAAGAGAAGACGAGCAGUGCAAUGAUCUAGUUUUGAAAACAGGUGAAUGCUUUUUGCCAGAUUUGAUCUCUGAGAAGAACUCAUGGACUCCAAAUGGUGAAUGUACUCUAGAAAAGAAAGCUGGGGAUAAUCCCACUUCACGACGUGGCAGGAAACGGAAGGUAUCUCACGAUACUUCUUAUCAUUAUUUCCAAAUUGAAGAUGAAAAAUCUACUUGCCGGCGUGGAAGGAAACCGAAGGCAGCUUACAAUACUUCUGAUGAUUGUUUCCAGAAUUUUCAAAUUGCUGUUAACAAUUCAAUUCCACGCAAGCGUGGCAGAAAACCGAAGUUAGCUAACAAUACUUCUGAUGAUUGUUUCCAGAAUUUCCAAAUUGCUGUUAACAAUUCAACUCCACGCAAGCGUGGCAGAAAACCGAAGUUAGCUUGCAAUACUUAUGACAAUUGUUUCAAUAAUUCUCAAACCGGAAACAGCACCGAAUUCCAGAAUGUAUCAGUAGGUGAUAUGUGGUCUCAACUAUGCUUGGCUGCCAAAGAUCCUGCAGGAGAAAGUUGCAACACUGAUUUGAUACAUUACUUUGCGGCUUUUAGAAAAGUCACUGGCCGUAACAAUUCUGCUUUCCUCGAGCAGGGAUUUUCUUUAGAACAACGGUGUGAUGGUGAGACUGGAGUAAUAGCCGCCUCUAUAGAAACUGCUGCCUCAGCUUCUGUGUCGACACCGAUGGAAAUUGAAGUAGAAGCUUCUGCUGUAGCUUCUGUGUCGAAAGAACUUGGAGUAAUAGAAGCAGCUGCAGUAGCUUCCGUGUCGAAAGAAUUUGGAGUAACAGAAGCAGCUGCAGUAGUUUCUGUGUUGACACCGAUGGAAGGUGGAGUAAUAAAGUCUAUGGAAGCUGCUGCUACAGCUUCUGUGUUGACACCGAUGGAAAUUGAAAUAGAAGCUGCUGCUACCGAAGCGGCUGCUGUAGUAUCUAUGUCGAACGAACUUGGAGUAAUAGAAGCAGCUGCAGUAGCUUCUGUGUCGACACCGAUUAAACUUGGAGUAAUAGAAUCUGCUGCAGAAGCUUCUGUGUCGACACCGAUGGAACUUGGAGUAAUAACCACUAUAGAAGCUGCUGCAGAAGCUUCUGUUUCGACACCGAUGGAACUUGGAGUAAUAACCUGUAUAGAAGCUGCUGCAGAAGCUUCUGCUACAGCUUCUAUACCGACAGCUUCUAUACCGACGACACCUUGCAAUGAUUGUUUCUCCGGUCCUACUACCGGUUUAUUGCAGGAUGGAAAUCUCAUAUCAGAACCUUUCAAUCAUGUGGAACAAAAUCUCAGAGCAGAACCUAUGGUGGAACAUACGAGCACUUCGGAAGAAGCAGCUGAAAUUAGCUUUAGUACGGGUUUAAUCCAUCAAAAUACAGUUGAAAAUCUUGCAUCAGAACCUCCCAAUCAGGUGGAGCAUGCGAGCGAAAGUUCUCCGACAGCUUUUACUUUGAAAUUCACAAACUUCGAUUCGGUUCCUUCAGCAACAGAUCUGAUCCAAAUCUUUGCCCGUUUCGGGCCGCUAAUUGAAUCGAAGACUGAACUAUUAGAGAGAACUAAAUGUGUCAAAGUUGUUUUCAAAAGACGCAUUGAUGCCGAAAGUGCUUUUUGCAGUGCCGGACAGUAUAACAUAUUUGGACCUUCAUUAAAGAGUUAUAGACUCAAGAUUUUGCCUCCUAUGCCAAAGAAAGCCCCAGGGAAGAAGCGACGCAGAAGAAGCAAAAAGGAAAUAGCUUCCAUGAAAGCUGCCGCAGUUUGAUUUCUUGACAUUUUGAUAUUUGAGUUUAUGUGAAUAUCGUUGACAUUAUUAGUUCUAGUAUUUUCAUGAGUUGUUAAUUUUGUUAGCAUGAUAAUACAUAGAAUUGAGUUUCAAUA